AUGAUGCACCACCAUAUGUCUAAGUGUGCCUUCUGGGUGACCGGUAAGCCAAACCGAACCUACUCGCUGGCCACAGUAGCAAUAAGUGACAGGCGACAACGGAACGGACAGGAGGGCGGAUGGAUGGACAAGCCGAGGAACGGAGGGAGGGACGAGACACAUGGACCGAUGGGUGCACAGAGAGACAGAGAGAAGGAAAGAAGGGAAGACGAAGCCAACGAGGGAGGGACCGAAUCUGAAGGUGGAUGA